AGGCAAAACUUUCCUUCUCAAUCUGGUUUUUUUUCUUUGGUUUUCCGUAUCACUUUUUAUUUUUGUCAAAAGCAUUGAAACUCUUUUAGGACAUGUGCGGAGGUGAAAUCAUUUCUAAUUUAAUCGCCGUGAAGCGUGGUCGGAAGUUGACCGCUGAUGAUCUGUGGUCCGAACUUGACACCUUCUCGGACCUAUCAGGUUUGGACUACAAUGGGAAACACUCUUUCAAUCCUUUUGACAAGAAGGUCGGGCCAAAAGGCAAGCAACUUAACAAAGUGAUAAACGAGAGGACCCAGAACCAGAAAACAAGCCGAGGCAAAGAAAAAAAGGGAAAGACUGAGCGAACUCGGAAGAAUGUUUACAGAGGAAUCAGGCAAAGGCCAUGGGGGAAAUGGGCAGCUGAGAUUAGAGACCCUCACAAAGGCGUCCGAGUCUGGCUCGGUACCUAUAACACAGCUGAAGAAGCAGCUCGAGCCUACGAUGAAGCCGCUAAGCGCAUCCGUGGAGACAAAGCCAAGCUCAACUUCCCUCGACCUCCAGCUGAAGCAGCAGCCCAAACUCAGCCUCCUGAUAAGAAAAGGCGCAUCGCUCUUGAGUCGACUCAGGCGAGUUUUGCAACCACUGGCCCAUCACCCCCUCCAAUUCCACAACUUUAUAUGGGUCUCGUUUGUGGAAACGAAGUUUACAGGCCAAUUGAAGUACCGGAGAGUGAGUUGGAUCUGAAAGAGCAAAUCUCAAGCCUGGAAUCGUUCCUGGGUUUGGAGUCUGAUGAGACUACUACUCAGCUGAGUGGUACCGGUGAGCCUGACUCAGUCUCCCUUUGGAUGCUUGAUGAACUCGUGACACAUCAUCAGCACCAGCACCAGCUUGUUUAUUAGAUUAAAAAAAAAAAGCUAUAAAAUUACAAAUUAUUAGCGUUAAUCAUGUUUAUGUUAUGUAUUAAUUAGUGUUUUUAAUAGGUAUAUAGACUUUAUUAUGCUUACGACUUUGAGUUUGGUUCGAUGCAUGUUUUAAAUACGUGAAUAAAAGAUUAACGUGUUUCACUUUA